AUGAACCGGGACAGAGCUGUGCCAGGACCCGUGGUGGACGCGGUCCAACCCAGUGCCAACCGGGACAGAGUGGCGCAAGUGGCCGGGGUGAGUCGUGACAGAGCGGUACCGUCAACUGGAGACGGGCUCCAGACCGUGGUGGUUCCGGACGGUGCAGAUAUGCUGGAUGCAGGCGCAGAGGUGGAGAAGCGGCAUGUGUCCAACGGGGUGUCCAGCGGAAGAGACGCUCAGGCUGUGGACAACCACUCAGACCCUACGAGCCCAGCACUAUCCCCGCCACAGCAGGGCCCCAUGACGCACCGCACCACCUCGUUCUCGGUGCUGGACAUUCUGGACCCCAACAAGUUCACGAGCAGCCGCCGAUUCCCGCACGCGCACGAGCGGCCCGAGCGCGAGCUGAGCGCAUUCAGCGCAGAAAAGCGCCGCACCGUGGAGCGUGAGCCUGGCCUCGAGCCCGGCCUGGAGCCGGCCAAGAGCUGCUACGGCGCGGACGACUACCACAGCAAGGACAGCUUCGUGUACCGCAGUCCAGAGGAGGAGGACUAUCCACGCUCUGGGACCCCAGACUCAGAGGCUGCUGAUGGGGCGUAUAGCAGUGAAGAGAGCAGCUCUGCCCUGGUCUCCAACGGAGAGCAUGAGCUGAGCUCUCACAGUCACCAAGAGCCAUCCAGAGACAAGAGUCCUGGAGGAGGUUCCACAGGACCCCUGUCCAAUGGCCAAACGAAUGGGGGCCAGAGCACACAGGGCAAGCCCAAGAGGAAGCGCUCAGGCUCGGACUCCAAGUCAGGAAAGCCUCGCAGAGCACGGACUGCCUUCACAUAUGAGCAGCUGGUGGCUCUGGAGAACAAGUUCAAGUCCACACGCUACCUCUCUGUGUGUGAGCGCCUCAACCUGGCCCUGUCCCUGUCCCUCACCGAGACACAGGUGAAGAUAUGGUUCCAGAACCGCCGCACGAAGUGGAAGAAGCAGAACCCAGGGGCAGACACGUCGGCCCCCACAGGAGCAGGAGGGGGCACAGGGGGCAGUGGGCCCGGGGCAGGAGGCCUGGGCAGCCUGAGUCCUCUCAGCCCCUCUCCUCCUGUCAGUGGACACCUGGCCAUGCAUACAGGCUAUGGGGGACACCACCAUCCCCCCACAGGAGGCCUGGUGCAGCUGCCCUUCCUCACAGCCAGCCACGUACUGUCCCCCUUCAUGCUAGGAACGCAGAGCUACGCAACGCCGGCCUUCUACAGCACACACCUGUAG